GAACCGGUCACCGCCCGGGAGGCCCUCGAAGCUGCUGUCGCCCGCUCCGGGAACCGUGUGUGGGCCUCCGCGCUCACCCACGUCUCUCCCGCUCCGAAUGCGAUCCGUUGGGGCCCCCAUGACCCCGACGCCACCACCGCCACCCUCUUCGUCGACAUCGUCGACGACGCCCACUUCCACACCCUCAAGGCCGUUCACGGAACGCGUCUCCUCUUCAACAACGGGCCCCGCGCGUGCACCCACGCUCGCCUCGCCCGCACCCGCCCCCAGUGCUCGAACUGCCAACAGUUCGGGCACGUGGCCCCUCGCUGCCGUGCACCCCCGAAGUGCGGUCUGUGCGCAGGCGCCCACGAAACCCGCCUGCACGCCAUGCGU